AAUAACUGAAACAAACACAAAGGCUUGAGCCUCCCAUCCCCCCCUACUAUAUGUACUUCUUUCUCGUACAGAUUGAUCGGUUUGUAACAAAUAUCCUGAGCACGAUCGAUCCCACUAUGCGUUCCUCUGCGUCCCUGAAAAUAUCCGCACCACCAUCCCUCCAUCAACUCGCCCCGAUUCAACCGCUUGGAUUUCGUCGAUUCUCUCAAUCCGCACCUUCAUCCUCUUCCCAGAUCGAUGCCUCAAUCCCCGAUACCAAGAGCCCUCUUCUCGGCUCCAUUCUGAAAUGGGCUUCGGGGAUCACCGUUGGCUCUGGCCUAGCACUUCUUUGCUGGUCCUCUACUCCCGCUCCUUCUCCCGAUUCCAAUUUCGCUCUUUUCAAGAAGCCCUUGUUGUCUUUCGCUGACUCGUCAACGGCCACUGCUGAAUCUACGGUUUCUGCAUUUCGCAAAUUAGCCUUACCUGAAAGCUCAUACUACAUCUUUGGAGAUGCAUUUAGGAGAAAGAUUUUCUUCAACUAUGAGAAGCGCUUAAGGUUGCGGAGUCCUCCUGAAAAGGUUUUUGAGUACUUUGCAUCUUUUCGGUCACUGGAAGGAGAAUUAUUUAUGAAACCAGCUGACCUAAUGCGGGCAAUUGUUCCUGUCUUCCCUCCAUCUGAAUCCAACCUUGUCAGAGAAGGAUAUUUGAAAGGGGAAAGGAGUCCUGGAGAGUUACAUUGUGAUACUUCAGAUUUUUUUAUGCUUUUUGAUGUGGACAAUGAUGGACUCAUAUCUUUUAAAGAGUAUAUCUUUUUUGUGACACUACUCAGCAUCCCAGAAUCAAGCUUUUCUGUGGCAUUCAAAAUGUUUGACAUUGACAACAAUGGAGAGAUAGAUAAGGAAGAAUUCAAGAAAGUUAUGGCUAUGAUGCGAUCUCAUAACAGACAAGGGGCUCAACACAGGGAUGGGCUUCGAACUGGGUUAAAACUCAAUGGUUCAGUAGCAAAUGGAGGCCUGGUGGAGUAUUUCUUUGGUAAACAUGGAAAUGAACGACUCCAACAUGAUAAGUUUUUCCAAUUUUUGCGAGAUUUUCAUGAUGAAAUUCUGAGAUUGGAGUUUGCUCAUUAUGACUACAAAUUACGGGGAACUAUAUCAGCUAAGGAUUUUGCAUUGUCCAUGGUUGCUUCUGCCGACUUGAGUCAUAUAGGCAGGUUGCUUGAUCGGGUUGAUGAAUUGAACAAUGUUUCCCAACUUAGGGAUGCACGCAUUACUUUUGAGGAGUUCAAAAAUUUUGCAGAGCUACGCCAAAAACUGAAGCCAUUUUCUUUGGCCCUUUUCACUUUUGGAGAAGUGAAUGGCCUGUUAAGAAGAAAUGACUUUCAACGAGCUGCCUCACAUGUGUGCGAUGUACCCCUCUCUGAUAAUGUGGUUGAAAUCAUUUUCCAAGUGUUUGACACAAACAGUGAUGGAAGUUUAAGCUACGAUGAGUUUGUAAGAGUUUUGUGCAAUAGGGAAAGGGAUAUAGCUCAACGCGUGGCAGAAGGAAUUCCGGGCUUUUUUUCUUGUUGCCAGAACAGUGCAAAUAAUUGCUCCCCUUCUCAGGUUCUUUCUUGAUGCAUGCAUGCAUGCUGUGUUUGGGUGCAGUUUAAUCAAUAGUCAAUAAUCCUUCUGAUAGCUUGAAGGAUCACGUGUUGUAAAUAGAUGAUUUAUAUUAUUAGUGUUGACAGUCGUCAACUCAAUAUCUACCUGGGUGAGCUUUGAAGGAUGCUUUCUGAUAGCUGGAAGGCUCGAGUUUGUUGCAAAUCAAAACAGGUAGGAGGUGACUAAAUUCUUAGGAAUUGUUUGGAUCAGACUAUGAACUCUAACAAUGGAAGUAUGCUACAUUUUGUAUCACAAAGUACAUAGUCUUUUUUUUUUUGUUAAAAAUGAUAUAACUCCUUGUAUUGCAACGAAAGGGCGAGACCGAACUUUUUCAAUAAGAAUUGUUCGAAUCGAAUGUAGGAUGAGGUUAUGCAUUUCA